GUCGCCUGUCCCCUCUGGUUAUUCUGGGCCUGUAAUUAAGAGGAUGGCCAUAAUCACUAGACUGUCUAUACGUACGUGUUGAGCAGAGAGGAGGAGAGUGUUGUAAUUGUUCUGCCGCCGGGGUGCCGCUCUCAGGGCUGAGGAGGGAGGUGUGGGAGUGUCCGCUGAGGGAGGGAUCACAGGAACGCACGGUUCGCUACUGAGGGAGCAUUCUUGAGCCGAGCUGAGUGCGGCCGGACACGCUCUAGAAAGGAUCUCAAACCUGCUUUGAGUGGAUUUGCGCUUAAUCUGUUAAUGGUGAAGGAGCUCAGAGCCUCACGUUUACUGUGUUUGGAGGAUUUUACCGGAUACUGGUUCAGUCUCUGGAAAGGAUUGGUUCAGGAUGUUCAAUAUCAUACAUGCCCUGAUAUUUAAAGGGUAAAAACAAACAAUUUGUCAGAGCUCUUAGAUUUUGGAUAGACCUAUGGUUUAUAUUUAUACAUGUAAGGAAACAACUUUUUAACACUUUUGUGUUCUGAUACUGGAGUGACUGUACUCUGAAAAGCAUUGGAAAAUUCAAAACCAUUGGCAAUAUUUUGGAUUACAUUGAGAAGGGUCUUCUUGCCUCAUCACUUCAUUGGUAUUUUGGGUUGCUCUGACAAACAGAGAUAUUCCUCUUCUCCAAAUGCAGAGCUGUUGAACGCCUGCUGAACGCUGCACCAGAGACAACUCUCUAAACCUGCCAGAUUACAGCCUGGACCAACAGAUCUAGUGGAUUCCAACACGAUUCAGGGGUGUGGAGAGUGCAGAAACAGAGAUUGUUGAAGUGUCAGAGAGGUGCAGCCGAACAGAUGCACCUUAGCUGAGUGGGCUUCAUUCACAGCGAGCUAAAAACCAUGUGGGAACCUGUCAGCACACAAGAACAACUGUUUCUCAGUUUGAGUCAUUGUCCACUGUGCCCUAGCAAUAACGCACACGGCCCUCGAUGCCACCGGAUGAUUUAUGAGACGUCUCCCGCCAUCUGCGAGCAUAAAACCGCAGAGGGACGGCUACGGUCUUGCUGAUGUUGCUAAUACCACAAAUGCGAGAGCAGAAAACAACGAGCAAAAUGCCACAAGGAGGAGACAUUUAGAACCCAAGAAAGACUGAAGGAACAAGCUGUUUGUAGUCACUUUUGUGCACUUGGAGUGCAUCAGCACAAGUAAAGAAGAGCAUUGUAAUCAUCCCCCUCUCUAAACACCUCAACAUGUUUGCCCCGACGACAGCCCUGCCUCCUCCUCCUCCCCUCUUAACAGGAAGUGCUCUGCCAGUGCCCGGCGCGCCAGCAACAGCUCCUUACACAGAUCAUGACCUACUGCGGCAAGAGUUAAACUCUCGCUUCCUGGCCUCCCAGACUGUCGAUCGAGGAGGCGCUCUAGCUCCCCCGGCCUACCUGCGCACAGAGUUCCACCAGCACCAGCACACACACCAACACACACAUCAGCACACCUUCACUCCAUUCCCCCACUCCAUCAUGCCCAGUCCAGCAGCACCACUGGUGCGUACCCCUGCCAGACAAUUUGACAAAUACCCCGCUAAAGUGGACACCUUCCAUAGACACAAUUUGGUCCCGUCCUAUCAGUCAAUAAUGACUGGAAUACCUCCUAUGGUUCCACCUGCUGGACCAUUCAGCUCUCUCCAGGGAGCUUUUCAGCCCAAGGCCUCCAACCUACUAGAUGUGGUGUCAAGGCCAGGAUCUGUGCCACACCAACUUUUACAGGACUCCAGACUUCUUGACCCCAUGUGUCCUAAACCAAAGAAACCUGGGAAGUGGUGUGCAAUGCAUGUCCACAUUGCAUGGCAAGUUUACCAUCAUCAGCAAAAAUUUAAGAAGCAUAUGCAGAUUGAGCCACAUAAAUUAGACUUUGGGUUUAAGCCGGAGUUUCUGAGUCGAUCGCCUGUCUCGAGCUUCAUGGGACUGCAGCCACGUGAUUUACCCCGUCCCUCCACCAUUCUCUCUAAUGCAGGUCCCACACACCCUUCAGUUUCGCCCUAUGGACCCUUACCGCAGACCCCAAACAAUCUCCACAGUGUAAUCCCCCAUCAUGAGUCUCUUAAUAAGCCACUCACCUUUGGAGGCCUAAGUACACUGAGUUCAUCUGCCUUUGGAGGACUAGGAAACCCAACACUAACACCAAAUGCAGCACAUGGGACUAAAGAUGGUAAAACGGUGCCAACUUCAAGUGGACAACUGGAGACCUGGAACAGAUUGCACCAGACACCCUCAUCCUUCCCAACGCCGCCUCUGUGUCCAAGGCCUUCUGAAACUGAGAGAGCUCCCUCCAUACCAGACAGAGCAGCGAUUAAAAGAGAUUCCCUAGACAACAAAGAUGACGAGGAACGGGAGCCAAAAGAGAAAUCAAAUGAAAGGCAUUUGUCACCCAUCAGGAAUAGUGCACUGGACAACAAACAACCAACAGAGUCCUUCAAAAGUUCCUCUCCUGAUGAGACCAAGGAAUUGGAGCAGGCAAGAGAGAAAACACAAGCCCAAGAGCUUCCGCAACAAACUCGAGAAACUGAGGAGCCAACACACAAAGAGAUCCAAAGUGACAAAAGAGAAAAGGAUGUCAAAAGCGAGCAGCAGCAGCCCACUGAGGACAAGCCAGAGGGAAAAGAGAGUUCAUCACCCAAGCAACAGAGAGAGGAUCUCAAGCGGCCAAACAGUGAUAGCCAACCCUGGGAGCCAGCUGAGAAGAAGAUUAGAGUCGAAUAUGAACCCCAUGCCAAGAGCAGCAAGGUGAGAGUGAAGGAGGAGAAGAGAGACGACCAGGACCAUGAGGUUACAACACACCAGAAAGUUUUGGAAAAACCAUGGCAGGAUCCCAGAGCCCCUGCUAUUAACCCUUCACCUCUUUCAACUCUUCCUUUGCCAAUAGGAAUCCCAGCUGGCCACCCUGGUCUUGACAGGACUAGGCUAGUCUCACCUUUUCUGGGAAUGGGUCCACUACCUGGAGCCGAAAGGCUGCCUUACUCGCCUCAACACUGGGAGUCUAUGCGGAAUGUUUACCGAGGUUUAGAUCUUCCUCGGAGGGACUCCUUAGGCAAGGACCUCUUAAUAAGAACCAACCCCCUGCAACGUGCCAUGAUGGGGCACCCUGCUUACCCACGUGAGCCAUUUCUGCAGUCCAUGGCCUUGGAGCAAAGGAGUCAACUGGAGGAACGGCAGCGUCUGGCCUUCCUGAGAGAAGAAAGCGAGCGUAGCCGCCUGUUGGCUAUGCAUUAUACUGCACUGGAUCCUCACUUACCACCUCCAGGACUCCUCGCGGCGGCUUACCCCAGCACAGGGCUCCCACAUUACACCUCGCUCAGUAGGUCUCUACCUGCUGCUUAUAUGCACGCCCAACCACACCCGCUUUUUCCAAUGCUGGCAGCACGGCCAGGGUCUCCGAGACGGAUGACCCCUCUCACAGACAGACCUGUUUCGCACCCACACAGAGACACUGUGACUCGGUGAGCUGGACUUAAUCAGAAACUGACAGACUUAUGUAUAUCAAGCAUUUCAUGUGAAAUAACGUGUAGUCGAAAUGUACAGUGGUGGAAAUUAUUAUUUUUUUUGUCAAAAAA